GAUAUUUCUGUUACUUGGGCCUGUGUUUCUGUCAGGGACCCUGCAGUAUUGUGUCCAGCUCCUCGUGCUAUAGCCAAAUUGAUUGGUGGAUUCCUGGCUACUCCAUAGGAGAGAAAAGUGAUCAUCCAGAAUCGCUCAGUUGUUCCUCUCCGCUGCCGUGCACCUGUUAAAAAUGACAAGGAAUUUGUCUACGGGAAUCUCAAACAGAUCACAUCAGGUUUGCUGUCUCUAUCCAGAUAUUUAAGACGAGGAGCAAGGGAUUCAUUCAACCUUCCUUCCUGCUCAGACUGUGUGGAGGGAUUCAUUUGCUCAUCUGACCGACCGGCUCACCCAUUAUUUUACACAAGAGAGAGUCCGUUCAUAUUCUCAGACUGUGGGAAGGGAUUCACUCGGUCAUCUCAACUGAAGGAACAUCAGCGGGUUCACACUGGGCAAGGCCAUUCAUCUGUUUUGUGGGUGAGAAGGGAUUCAGUCACUCUUCCCACCUGUGGACACACCAGUGAGUUCACACUGGGCAGAGGCUGGUCAUCUGCUGAAUUUGUGGGGAAGGAUUCACUCGGUCACCUGACCUAAUGGCACACCGGCGAGUUCACACUGGAGAGAGGCCGUUCACCUGCUCAGACUGCGGGAAGGGAUUCACUUGCUCAUCCCAACUGAAGGUACACCAGCAAGUUCACACCGGGGAGCGGCCGUUCACCUGCUCAGACUGUGGAAAGGGAUUCCCUUGCUCAUCUAACCUGAAGGAGCAUCAGCGAGUUCACACUGGAGAGAGGCCGUUCACUUGCUCAGACUGCGGGAAGGGAUUCACUCGGUCAUCCACCCUAAUGGCACACCAGCGAUUUCACACCGGGGAGCGGCCAUUCACGUGCUCAGACUGUGGAAAGGGAUUCCCUUGCUCAUCUAACCUGAAGGAGCAUCAGCGAAUUCACACUGGAGAGAGGCCGUUCUCUUGCUCAGACUGUGGGAAGGCAUUCAUUUCGUCAUCUAAACUGAAGGUUCAUCAGCGAAUUCACACUGGGGAGAGGCCAUUCACCUGCUCAGACUGCGGGAAGGGAUUCACUCAGUCAUCUGACCUACUGGUACACCAGUCAGUUCACACUGGGGAGAGGCCGUUCACCUGCUCAGACUGUGGGAAGGGAUUCACUUGCUCAUCUAAACUGAAGGAACAUCAGCAAGUUCACACUGGAGAGAAGCCGUUCACCUGCUCAGACUGUGGGAAGGGAUUCACAUACUCAUCUAAACUGAAGGAACACCAGCGAGUUCACACUGGAGAGAAGCCGUUCACCUGCUCAGACUGUGGGAAGGGAUUCACUUGGUCAUCGGACCUACUGGUACACCAGCGAGUUCACACUGGAGAGAGGCCGUUCACCUGCUCAGACUGCGGGAAGGGAUUCACUUGCUCAUCCCAACUGAAGGUACACCAGCGAGUUCACACUGGGGAGAGGCCGUUCACCUGCUCAGAGUGUGGGAAGAGAUUCACUCGGUCAUCUGAACUACUGGUACACCAGUCAGUUCACACUGGGGUCAGGCUGUUCACCUGCUCAGACUGUGGGAAGAGAUUCACUCGGUCAUCCACCCUAAUGGCACACCAGCGAUUUCACACCGGGGAGCGGCCAUUCACGUGCUCAGACUGUGGAAAGGGAUUCCCUUGCUCAUCUAACCUGAAGGAGCAUCAGUCAGUUCACACUGGAGAGAGGCCGUUCACCUGCUCAGACUGCGGGAAGGGAUUCACUCGGUCAUCCAAACGACUGGUACACCAGCGAAUUCACACUGGGAAGAAGCCGUUCAACUGUUCAGUCUGUGGGAUGAGAUUCAGUCAGUCAUCCACCCUACAGAGACAUCAGCGAGUUCACACUGGGGAGAAGUCGUUCACCUGCUCAGUCUGUGGGAGGAGAUUCACUCGGUCAUCCCACCUACUAAGUCAUCAGCGAGUUCACACGCGAGAGACUGUUCACCUGCUGUGAAUGUGGGAAAGAAUUCAUAUGGUCAUCUUGACUACAGAGACACCAGCAAGUUCACACCAGUGGUAGAGGCUGUUCACCUGCUCAGACACUGGGAGGAGUUUCUCUCAGCCUUCUCAAUCAAAUGUGCAUGAUUGAGUUCAGGCUGGGUACAGGCCGUUCACCUGCUGUGAAUGUGGGAAGGGAUUCACUCAGUAACCUAACCUUGUGACACACUACUGGGUUCACACUGGGGAGAAAGUUUCAGUAAGCUUCAUGCUGGAGAUUUGUCCGUCACCAUUGCUGAAUGCAAUUUCAAGAGUGACUAUCGGUGCUGAACUCUGCAAUUAUUGCUGCUGCUCACCACAUCCAGUUCUUCACACUGGCCACUGGGUGACUGGGAGGAGUUUCUUCUGGAUAUUCACCUUUAAUGGGACUAGAGUUUACAUUCUGGAUCUGGGAAAAAUAAAUCAGUUCAAUUUUAAA